AUGGCUCAAUGGGAGAAGCUGACUAGUAGUGGGAAUCAAGAGAGGGUUGACGGGAAGGAAUAUCGAAGUCUAGUAGGUUGCUUGCUUUACUUAACAAUAAUAAGGCCUGACAUUAUGUCUAGUGUUAGUCUUCUAUCUAGAUUCAUGCACUGUUGUGAUGUCAUUCAUUUUAAAGUAGCUAAGAGGAUACUCGGAUAUGUUAAAGGAACUUUGAACUAUAGAGUUAAGUUUGAGAAGGAGAAGGAGCUUAAGUUGACUAGAUAUUCUGAUAGUGAUUGGGUUGGCUUUGUCAAUGACAUGAAGAGCACUUCUGGUUACGUUUUUACCCUUGGCUUAGGAGUUUUCUUUUGGAGUUCAAAGAAGCAACAAACUGUUACUCAAUCCACAGCUAAAGUAGAGUACAUUGCAACUGCUGCAGCUAUUAAUCAAGCCAUUUGGCUUAGAAAGCUUCUAUGUGACAUGAAUGAAGAAUAG